AUGAGCAAUCAUCAUGUGAUUCAAAAGGACACAACUUGGACAGACCCCUAUUACGACUUAACGCAAGCGGGUGCUGUGGUUUUCCCCGAUGUGACUCUUACCAUUCAGGGCACCCCCCUUUCGCCAGUGGUUGUUGCGUUUGGGGGCGAGAAAACAGCCAUUUACCUUCAGGCAUCUGCAAAGAUUGUGAUUUCCAACGUUAAGUUUGUUGGCGACAAAACCAGCGUUGGAGUUGGCUUUCUUCCUGCUGGCACCCGCCCUGCCGAGAGCACCGCCCAAAUCUCCCACUUAUUUUGCACCAACAUGACAGCCUGCGUCGACGCCCAUGACGCUGGCAUGGUGAACGUGACCGACAGUGUAUUCGUCAACAACUCAAUAGCUGUGAAAGGCUUGAGGUCUCCACUCACCGUAAGAGAUUCUGUUUUCGUGGGUCAUGAUACUUCCGUUGAUCUCUUGGGUGGUUCCAUCAAUGCUCAGAAUUGCAUCUUCCUGGAUUCCAGUGAUUUCUUUCUUAAACUCGACGAAACGUACAGCGCGGUCGUUCAAAAGUGUCUCUUUUCAAAGGCCAAAGGGACAGCCGUGUUUUGCAACGUUUAUAGCCAUACAGCACACUUCGACAUCUCAAGCAACGUUUUUGCACACAACAAAGUUGCUGUUGGCGCCGCUUAUGAUAGAACCCCUGAAAACACGAAAGUAUCUUCUUCGCUCUUCAUUGAAAAUCAGAUCGGCGUAGCUGGUGGCCCCAUUGGGAUUACGGAUUCAGUUUUUUUCGGAUCGGUGGUGGCGGCUGUGAGUGAUUGCUGCGACAUUGGAAGAAUCGAUGGUGUCACCUUCAAAAACAACAACAACAAGGAUGCAAAGUCAUGGAACGCCGCUAAUAGUUAUUGGGGUACUGAUAACGUUGACUCGAUUCGAUCCAAGAUCCACGACAUAUUCCAGGACCCUACGUUGGGCCUGGUGACCAUUGAACCUUUGGCGGAGCAUCCCUUUCCGGGGUGGAAUUGGACACCGCCCGCAUCCUUUCUGGGAGUUCCGCUUGCCCAUCCAAGCGUCCUUGUUUUGCUCGACGACUGCUUGAAGCAAAUGACAAUGAUGCAACGCCACUUUGCUCGAGUAGAAACGAAGCCAAGAGAUACGCUUUUGGCGGCGAAUGCACGCCUUGAGACGACGCUUUUCGGAGGAACUCCUUACAUGGAAACACAGGCCGCGGGCGCCCCUUGGAGAUUCCUUUUAGCUGCUGCUUUUGCUGCCCUUUCAGUUCUCGGUUUUCGUUGGAGUUUGCUUCGCAAGGAGAAUUUGUGCAGCAAUCCCGUUGACGAAGUUCCUGUGUGCGACUUCAAGCCAGGCCACAAAACCAGCGCUCCAAACACAAAGCGAGAUACGAAGAGGGCAGCAAGGAUGCCGCAGCCCACCUAG